CCAACCCCUAAAAAUGUACGUCAGUUCCGUUUAGGUAUUUGGAUCCAUGGCGCUGGAGGGAACGUCUAUUAUAAAGUCAUUUUUAGUGUUAUGGGAAACAUUGUGUAAGCAUGUCUAAAAGAAAAGUAACGUUCGAGGACGGCGACCGAGAGUAUGACUUGGAGGAUUUGGAGGAAGUUCCGAAAAAGAAGAUCUGCGAGGAAGUAACUGGACCUGGUUCCAGAUUCAAGGGCAAACAUUCCCUUGAUAGUGAUGAGGAGGAUGAAGGAGAGGAUAAAGACAAUGGCAACAAAUAUAACAUACUGGACAGCGAUGAUGUGGAAGGUCAAGAAAAUGCAACAAUUGACUGUGAUGAAGGGGUACCAAUCACACCCUUUAACCUUAAAGACGAGAUGGAAGAGGGCUAUUUUGAUGCAGAAGGGAAUUACUUUGUUAAGAAAGAUGCCGAAAUCAGGGACAACUGGUUAGACAACAUUGACUGGGUCAAAAUUCGAGAGCAGCCAGUGAAGCGGAAGAAGAAAGGCCUCAGCGCUAAGCGAUGGCGGCGGGCAGGGGAUGAGGAUGAGGCAGAGGAGGAAAAACAGAGAGAAGAACGGCAGAAGAAGGAGGAGAGCGACGGAGAAGAUGACGAGGAGCAAGAGGACGAGCCGGCUGUGGAUCCCUUGGCCAACUACACCAAACUGCAGCUCCUGGAGGGUGUGGUUGAGCUGUUGACUCCCGGAGAAACAGUUGCGUCUGGACUGCGGAGGCUUGGAGGACUGGGCAGUAGGAAAAAAGGGAGGCUGAGGGCGGGGAGAUCUGCGAAGGGGGAGGAAUCUGUGAAGGGGGAGGAAUCUGCGAUGAGGGAGGAAUCUUCAAAGGGGGAGGAAUCUGGGAAGGGGGAGACGGCCGACAGAAACACUGAAAAGCUGGACAUGCUGACGGCUCUGGCAGACAGACUGGUGGGGGUUGGAGAGUAUGAGAUAUACCAGCAGACCUAUGAGAAACUGGGCUAUCAGGUGAAGAAAAUGAAACAAGGGAAGGGAACAGGGGGUCGUCGUGUUGCAAAGGCCAAAGAUGGUGAGGAAGAGGAUGAACUGGACAUGUUUGGUGAUAAGUUUGAUGAAAAGCAUGGAAGCGAGGAAGAGAUGGAUGAUUCUGAGACAGUCAGUGCUGUCAUGUGGGAAUACAAGUGGGAGAACAAUAAAGACUGCGAGACCUACGGACCCUUCAGUAGUCAACAGAUGCAGGAGUGGGUGGACCAAGACUACUUCAAAGAUGGUGUGUACUGCAGGAGGCUAGACCAAGAGAAUUCACAGUUCUACAAUUCAAGGAGAUUAGACUUUGACUUGUACACAUAAUGUCUUGUUUAGCGCUGAUUACAAUAAUAUGAAAACAACUUUCUCUUCUUUUGUAAUGAAUGGCGGAUUCAUGAAAUGGGGCAGCUAAAUUUCAGUACAAACUAUCCUCCAGGUUUGAAUCCCAAAAUGACACGUGUAUGGCUUUGAUGUUGACAGAAAUUUAGUUUAAUGAUUUUUAAAUAAAUAUGUUGUAUUGACCACA